AUGGAUGAAGUCACACCGAGGAUAUCCUCGGUUCCCUGGGCUGCUGCCUUGAUCAAUGAUCCGAAUUGGAAGCUUAUCAGCACUUUCUCACGCACACCGAAGUCCUCAGGAGAAGACGGUUUCUUCGGCAAAACGCUCAAAACAGACUCUACAAUACGAACCUUUCUAUCAUUUCUACCAACUCAAGAGGCGGAGGGUGAUCUUCCAUUUCUAGAGACCAGGACAAUUCUCGAUCUAGGACCAGAUCUCGAUGGAUAUCCUAAGACUGCGCAUGGCGGGUUCCAGGCUGCGCUAAUGGAUGAGCUCUGCGGCGUGAUCGUCACGCAGAAUAGAGAUGCAAAGGUGGAGAAGGCGCAAAAGCUUGGACAAGCUGUCAAGGCCCCGGACUAUUACACGGCUUACUUAAACACGACCUACAAGAAGCCACUACCGACACCUGGACUGCUCUUCUGCACUGCAAAAGUCGACCGGGUAGAAGGGGGCGACCGGAAAAUCUUCAUCCGUACAACACUUGAAGACGGCAACGGUACGGUAUAUACGACCGCUGAGGGGCUAUUUGUAAAACUUGCGGUAAAGCUAUGA